UACCCCUGAAGUGCUGAUUCUGUACGGGGUUCCUGUGCAGCUGCUGCCACCCGGGGUUUUUGUUUUUAAACCCACAAAUACUCUUCUCCUCCUGGCAAUCCUUUGCCUGGGAAUGGCCUCAACUGCUCCAACAUUCGACCACAGUUUGGAUGCACAAUGGGAGGAGUGGAAGAUGGAAUACAAUAAAACCUACAGCUCGAGUGAAGAAGGACAGAGGAGAGCAAUAUGGGAGAAGACUGUGAGAAUGAUUGAACUUCACAAUGAGGAAUACAGCCAAGGGAAACAUAGCUUCACCAUGGGACUGAACCAAUUUGCAGACUUGACCAAGGAAGAAUUUAGAGCAAGAUCAAACGGCCUCCUAAACCCAAACACUGUGAGGCAGGGAAAACCCCAAGAAUCUCCGGUUGGCGAUAUCCCCAAAUCUGUAGAUUAGAAAGAGAAAGGCUGCUUGACUCCUGUGAAGGACAAGCUGGGGUGAACAUUGGGGCAUAAAUGGCUACGUAAAGAUUGCCAGAGAUCGGAACAGCAGCUGUGGAAUCGCCUCAUUAGCCAUUUACCCCAUUUGUGAGCAGCUGGACCAUGAUCAGGAAGAACUAGUCUGGAGAGAGAUGCUCAGAGGAGGGACUUCACCUUCAAUCUGACCGGGUGGGAUCUACACUUGGAUCAUUGUGCUCUCAAUCUGAGACUUGUUUACUAUAGUAAAAUAUCCAAAAUACUUCAAUUACUACUCUAAAACACCUCUAUGUUAAUGCAUCUCUGAUGACUGACUAUUGAAUUUAUAUUGGUUGAAAGUAUGUUGAAAAAAAUACCUGUUAAAAUACAUUUUAUUUCAAAUGUA